AUGAAAUUAAGAAAUCCUGGAACAGUUGCUAACAUCAAAUGGACCGCUGACAAUAAGUUUAAAUAUGUUUUUUUCGCGUAUGGAGCAUCAAUUGAGGGUUGGAAACACUGCAGACCAGUAAUGAUGGUGGAUGCAACCUUCUUGAAAUCAAAAUACCGCGGUGUGCUCAUGAUAGCAGUAGCAAAAGAUGGAAACAACAGCAUAUUUCCUCUCGCAUUUGGUAUUGCUGACUCUGAGAAUAAUGAAUCCUACAGAUGGUUCUUUAGACACGUGAAAAAGGUGUUUGGCACGCGCAAAGACCAAUCAAUUCUUUCCGAUCGCCACUCGUCAAUUGCAACUGCAAUCAAAGAACUGUAUCCAGAUACCCAGCAUGGAAUAUGCAUCUACCACAUGGAGAAGAACUUGCAGAAAUAUUUCCCAUUCGAAGCGAUCCUAUCACUGUUCUACAAUGCAGCAACUACCUACAAACAGGCAGAGUUUCGUACCUAUAUGUCACAGAUACAACAAAUCGACCCAAAAGCUGCAGAAUACAUAGAAGAAGAACCACCGGAAAGAUGGGCACGUUCAUUCCACACCAACAGGCGUUACAACAUGCUCACAACAAACAAUAGAAAAUUGGACGCAACAGGACCGGCCCAUGACCUGACAUGUUGGGCUGAAAAGAUUCUGCUUGAAAAGAUAAGUAGAGGCUUCACAAUGAAAGUAGAAAACAUAACUCCCGUCAAAUUUGUUGUGAAAGAUGAAGGAUAUCAAUACAAUGUAGACCUGAAGAAUAUGACUUGUGAGUGCUUGGAGUUCCAAACUGACGAGUUACCGUGCACACAUGCCAUGACAGUUAUAAACAAAAGAAGUUUGCCAAAAUCUACAUACUGUGCGGACUGGUUCAAGAAACAAGUCUGCCAAGAGACAUACAAAGGUGAAAUACUAUCAGUUGGAAAUCAAGACUCAUGGAUUAUUCCACAAAACAUUAUGGAUAUUAAAAUAACGCCGCCUGAUGUUAAAAUAAGACCUGGAAGAAAACAAACAAAAGAUAUCGCCCAAGAAGAGAAUCAACAAAGUACACAUACAAAUGUGGUAGAUGUAAGUUCUUUGGACACACUAGGGCAACCUGUAACCACAGUCCAGCUCUCAAUCCAUAUUCAAGAAGAUACAGGAAGAGGAAAUUGUAUAACAGUUUUUGCCGGGGAAAAUGGCAAAACAAAAUUGGUAUCUCAAAGACUACAUCCUGGUAAGUUUAAUAAAUGUGUGCCUUGA